AUAAAUCAGAGUGGCAAUAAGCGCAAUACCUGCAGACACGUAUUUAUUUAUAUUAGAUGUUUUUUAUAUAAAAAUCGACUGGGCAUAAAUUUGGAAGUCAACACAGUAUCCAACAAGUGCAGCAAAACGCCCAAACAUGUUUGCCAAUUUGAAAAACAAGCUCAUCGAAGAGGUGAAAGCGUCGCCGUCCAAAUUUCAACAAUUUGCAAACGCAGCCCAGGCCGCUGUGAGCUCAUCGUCCAGUUCAACAACGACGCCAAAUAGCUCAGAGAAUACCGAUACCGGCACAAAUGAGAACUUCUUUAGCAUCACAGAAGAAGAUACGCCACAAAACUCUCCGUAUCGCAUACAAAAGCUGCCGCGCGGCGUUCGCAACUCGACACAGUCAUUAAAUGGUGUUGGAGGGGCUAUACCGCGUACCCGCAAGCUAUCUAACUCGUCCAUGGCAAGCGAUGUCUCCUUUCGCUUGCCCUCUUAUGAUGCACCAGCUAUGUAUCACUUGCAGUCGGACUUGGAUGAGACGAGCAGCGAGUUUGAUGACUCGGCAUCGACAGCACGUUUAGAUGUGAUUACCAAAGAUCAGCUAUAUGAUGCGUAUAAAAAAUCGUUGGAUCGCUAUCACAAGUAUCGCUGUCGCUAUACGGAUCUGGCGAAGAAGUACAAGGAAUUGGAGCGCGACAGUAGUAAAGCACGCUCUGUGCUUGUGGAGACCCAGGAAAAAGCAUUGCGUCGCAUUAGCGAAUUGCGUGAACAAUGCACACUGGAACAGCAGGCCAAAGCACAUUUGGAGGAAGCGCUGCGCAUCGAAAUGGAUGACAUGAGCUGCAAGAUGCAAGCCUACCAAACCAAGCUCAAGCUGCUGGGAGAGAACCCUGAUAAUGUGGCUGCUGCACUCGAACGCAGUCAGAAUGAUGGCGACAAGCUAAUCGAUUUGGAGGAACCAACAGUAGUAAAGGCAGUGACCACAACAAAUGGUAGCCAGCCCACACAUGAACAUGAUGAGGACAUAACCAAACUUCGCCAACUAUUGGUCGAACAUGAAGAGCAGUUGAAACAGCUGUCGCAGAAUAACAAGGAAGCCAACAAUACGAUUGCAUCGCUACGCAAACAGGAGGAGGAAAAUGUGCUCUUGCUGGCGCAAACCAAGCAGGCAAUCCAUACGGAGCUGGAGCAUAAAGAAACGGAAGUACGCAAGCUGCAGGAUGCAGUGAAGCAACUGGAAGUUGAACUGGAGUUGGCUAAUGGUCGUGAAACGCAAGCCGGCGAUGUCAAGGAGCAGCUGAAGAAAUUGCAAAAUGCCAAACAAGAAGUCGAUGCCAAACUCAUUGCAGCGAAUCAUACGCUGACCACUCUUAAAGGGGAUCAAACGGAAAAGUCGCAGCAUCUAAAGAAACUAGAAUCCGAGUUGGAGCAAAAGGAAAAACAAGUGCAACAUCUGCAGGACAAUUUGAAGCAGCAGACAGGAGAGUUGCAGCAGGCAAGCACUAAUGAAACACAGCUGAAGGACAUCAAGGAGCAAUUGAAGCAGUUGGAGCAGGCUAAGCAAGAAACUGAAGCCAAGCUUAUCACGACCGAACAAUUGUUAAGUACACUGAAGAAUGAGCAAACUGAAAAAGAGCAACAAAGCGUAGCACAGCUGAAGAAAUUGGAAACCGAGCUGACACUGAAGGAAACGGAAGUGCAGAAACUGCAAGAUCAACUGAAGCAACAAAAAGGUGGAUUGGAAGCCUCUAAGAUCGAAUUGGAAGCCAAACUUACUGCGGCUGAAGAGCAGCUACAAAACUUAAGCAAAGAGCACACUUCAAAGGAGCAACAGGUGACAGCGUUGGAAAAGCAGCUUCAGGCACAGCUGGAGCAGAAGGAAAACGAAACGCGCCAAUUGCAAGGGAAAUUAGUGAAGCUUGAAGCUGAACUGGAGUCCUCUAAUAGUCGUGGAGAUCAACUGGAGGAUACUAAGCAGCAAUUGGAGCAGAUACAAGACAGUAAACAGGAAAUAACAGCUAAACUACAAGCCACAGAGGAGCAGUUGGGCCAGUUAAGAUUAGAAUAUACGACAAAGGAGCAACUAGUGACUUCGCUAGAAGAAAAAUUAGCGGGGACACGAAAUGAUUCCCAACAAUGGCAAGAGAAGCUAAGCCAACUCAAUAAUGAUCUAGCAGCAUCCAACAAUCGUGCAUCUCAUGCAGAGGAAAUCAAAGAAGAACUGAAACAGCUGGAAAACUCGAAGCAAGAAGCGGAAGCAAAAUUAAUAGCCACCGAGGAGGAGCUGAAUAGUUUGAGAUUAAAGUAUACGACAAAGGAGCAAGAAGUGAAUACGCUUGAGAAGCAACUGCAGUUGCAUUUGGAGCAGAAGGAAAAUGAAGCGCAGCAAACGCAAGUGAGGUUGUCGCAGCUUCAGACAGAGUUGGAAUCUUCCAAAAGUCGUGGAUCGGAAGCCGAAGAAACCAAAGAGCAAUUGAAGCAGCUGCAAAAAUCAAAACAAGAGGCUGAAACCAAACUGCUUGCUAUCGAAGAAGAACUCAAGAAUUUGAAAUUAAACCAUACGGCAAAGGAGAAACAACUAACCUUGCUGGAGGAGCAACUAAGCACGUUGAAAACCGAUAGUGAACAGAGCUUGGAAGACUUGCGACUGCAAAAUAAUCAGCUUAACGAGAUUGUGCAGCGCUACCAGCAAAACGAAUCCACUUUAGACGAAGUGCAAGCUCAACUAUUGGAAGCCAGGGAACGAUUGACACAGCAAGAGCAGCGUGUGCUGGAAACUGAAAAGAGUCUAGAGCAAGAACGCGAAAUGGUUGCCGUACUCAACGUGGAGAAGUCUGCGGCUGAGGAACAAACACUCAAGCUACAAAAUGAGCUGCAGUCAUUGAACGAUCAAUUUACUAGCAGCACAAACUCUGAAGCAGAUGCAAUAGCAGCAUUAAGAUCACAGAUCGAAGCACUGACAAGCCAACUCACUGCCGCUCAAACUGGCGUGGCUGCCAAGGAAAAGGAACUGAAGGCCAGCUCCAACAAACUCAAUAAGUUGAAAAAACAGCACGAGCAGCUGCAGACAAAGCACAGCGAGCAGGCUGCCAGCGUGGAUCAGCUCAAGGGAGAGUCGGCUAAGGUGGAAGAGCUGCGCAAUGAGAAGCAAGAAUUGCAAUCGCGUGUCACAGUUAUUCUAGAGGAGAUUACUACGAUGCAGGCUCAUCUGCAGGAAGUGCAGUCCGCGCAAACGCAAUUGGAACGCGAGAAGCGACAACUGGAAGCGCAUAUUGAGGCGUUGCAACAGCAGCAGCAAGACAACGAUGUGCAGGGCGAGUUAUCAACGGCCAGAAUUGAAGAGAUCGAACGAGAGAACAGCAAAUUGGCAGAACGCAACUGUCUGCUGGAGGAGCAGAAUAAUCACUUGCAGAAGCAGCAGGACGAACUGACAAAGAUACAAAACAAAAUGCAACAGGUGCUGGACGAGCAUUCCAAGCUGCAGAAUGCUCAAGAGAUCAUGGAACACGAUCAUCGCACGCUGCAGGAUAAAUGCGAUUCCUUUGAGAAGGAAAGCCUGAUAGCAAAGGAUGAGCUCACUUGUGUGCAGCAGGCAAAGAACGCCUUGGAAUCACAAGCAAAUACUCUGCAACUAGACUUGGACGAAGCUCAACAGCAACUUUCCGAGGUGCGUGAUCGACAACGUGAAUUGCAACAGCAGUUGGAGGAGCAAACACAACGCUCCACUGAGCUGGAGAGUAACACUGAACAGCUGGACAUACUAAAAGCAACAAUACACAAUUUACGUGAACAAUUGGACUCACUGAAAGAAACGGAGCAGUCUAUGCAACAGAAGAUGCAAACGGCAAAUGCAACGCAUGCAGCGCAGCUAGAAACCCUCGAGGCACGUUGUAGUGCCGCCAAUGGGGAUGUGCAACGGCUGCACGAAGCUAACGAUGCACUGCAGAGAGAAAUCGAAACGCUGAAGGGCUCCUCCCAGCAGUUAGCCAACUACGAACAAUUGCAGAUCGAAAACGAAUAUCUAAACAAGCAUACCAAGCAGCUAGAGAAGGAAUUGUCUCUGGCAACGACGACACCCAGCGAAGGCGAUGAUCUAAGAGAGAAACUCAAGUCACUGCAGUGUGAACUCUACGUCCUUCAGGAGCAGGCCGAGCAACAUGCAACGCAACUAAUUGAAAAGGACACAGCCAGCAGUGAGGCCAAGAUCGAGGUGUCACAACUUAAGGCCGCCCUAGAAGAGCAGGCUUUAGAGUUGACACGUCAAAGCGAGCAUGCCAGUUUUGUAAGCGAGCAAAGCGACACAGUUCAGAAGGAGCUGUUGCACGUUCAACAGCAGCUGCAAGAACGUCAAGCGGAGCUGGCGAAAUCUCAAGAGCAUUGUAUGCGUCUCGAAGAACAAAUUGCUAAGCAUAAAGAAGACCAGGAACAGUUGCCUACAGCAACACCAACACAAAUACCACUGCCCAGCGAUUCGGAACAUUUGCGCAGCCUCAAUGAGCAAUUGCAACGCGAACUGGAGGAUCUCAAGUACAAGAGCACUGGCGAACAGUCAAAUCUUCAGCAGGAGAUCGAUGAACUGCAGGCCACCAACAAGGAGAUGGCAGAACGCAUCAAUGAGCUGGAGACAUUGCGUGCCGGCAUUCAAGCCCAACAAUUGCUGGCCAGUUUAGCGCCCAAGAAUGUGCAAGACGCGGUGGCCACCGAUGAGAAGGCGCUACUAGAGGCGAAGCUCAAAGAGAUUAUGAGCGAGGUGCAAGAUGUGACGAAUCGCAAUAUAUUCUUAGAGCAGAAGUGUGAAAACUUUCUGAUACUCGAGCAGUCGAACGAGCGUCUGAAGCUGCAGAACGCAAAGCUAUCGCGGCAAUUGGAUGAAACAUUGGUAUCCAUGCAGCAUAGCGAUAGUGUGCCUGCGAACACUGAGUUCGAGUAUCUCCGCAACAUCAUGUUUCAGUACUUAACCGGCAAUACGAACAAUGAAACUCUGGUAAAGGUCAUCUCGGCAGUGCUGAAGUUUUCGCCACAGCAAGCACAAGUUGCCCUCGAAAAGGAGCACCAGCGUCGCUCACUGCUAAAUAAACUGAUCUAGCAAGAGUUGUUGGCACUCAACGACAACGGCAACUGGUGGCAGCCUUGCAAUGAUGCGCUUCUAGACUACAACAAAUCAAAGCUGAACGUUUAGCCCAAGUUCACGACAAGUACCUUACCUCAAUUGAGCCACAAGUUGUUUGCUGUUCUUUUGCGUCCCACUAGCUAACUGCUUCAAAGGCAUUUCGAUAUGGAGGCAUAGUUAAUAAUUCGACAACAUAACACAUACUAUACAUACUAACAUAGCAUACAGAAGAUACAUUUCGGGGGAAAUCCCCCAAAUGUGUUCUAUUGUACAGUCACGAAGCUUCUAUAUGUAAAUUUCUAUUGUACAUUUUUGAAAUUAUGCUUAAAUUCUGUUGCUUGAUUGACACACAACAUGACUUUGAACGCUUUCCAUUUCCAU